CGAGUGCUGCCGUUGUCAGAGCAGUAGCCUCUGGCACAGCACGAUUGACCCAUCAAGAGCAAAAGGACUUGCAACAAUACGUACAGGGAGCACGCGCGAUCCUCCCGAACGGUCUCUCUGCUUCUCGCAUCCUCUGGUACAGACAUGAUGCUUUCAUUUCCGAGGUGGAUCAUCGACAUGGCUUAUCAACCCAUCUCUCAACACGCUCGUAUCGAAGCCAGGCUGUCUGAGAUACAGCAGCACAUUCUCGCCAGAUUUGGCGCUGCAUGUGACACUGGACUCGGUCGACCUUUGCCACUCAGUCCUCCACAACUUCGCUUCACCUCUGUUCAAAGCGCUCUGUAUCCGCGUCGAGCGCACAGUCCCGGCUUUCGCGCUCUGCGACAUGCAUUACAAGUCAGAUGCGUUCAUCUACACGACGCUUCUGACCUACAAUCGAUGCUUCAUGCCGCCCUCAAUCGACUCGUGCUCGCCAUUGCAGGAGACGCGUCAGCGGAGACAUGCUGAUCGCCCGACCGUCAGCGGCGUCAAGCGGCCUCGUGUGGAAAGCAGCAAUGGCCACAG